UAUACUCGAUGUAGGUGACAUACUUUAGCUAUCUAGAUCGGUGAUGGUGACCUAGAAUGCCAUUAAGUGUUCUGCUGUUGUCGCCACUUCGAAAACCUAGUGGAAACCACUCAACGGUACAAAGAAUCAGGACCCAUUUAGAAUCCGGAAAUCUGGUUUGUCAGGAGUGGGACCCGGCAGAUUUUGAUAAUGAAGAUGAAUUUCUUAGAAAGUUGGCGGAAAAGAAUGUGGAUCUCAUCAUUGCAUUACAUGCAUAUAAAGCUGGAAAGUUUCUCUCGGAUAAAGUGCCCAUUCCGUACAUUGUGAUAUUUGGUGGUACAGAUGUUAACCAGUUCUACAAAGAUGGCGACAAACUACUCAAAAUGUCGCGAACUUUGGUGUCGGCAAGAUAUAUCGUAGCUUUUAGCCAAGAAAUGUGGGAUAAAGCUCUCAUCAUCUGGCCUCAUGUAGACAAGUCAAAGCUGACCAUUAUAAAGCAAGGUAUACAAACAAGACCGUCGUCUUUGAGGCUAAGGGAGUAUUUAGUGAAUCAAGGACACGUGACCUCGUCUUCGGUGGCGGGAGCAGCUAUUUUUCUCUUCGUCGGAAGCAUCCGGCCCGUCAAAGACCCCCUGUUUCUCGUCAGAACAAUGGCAGAGUGGCAUCGAGAGAGGACAGAUAUACUCUACGUUAUAAUUGGACCAAAGCAUGAAGAGGAUUAUUUUACUGAAUUUCAUGAAGCCAUAGACAGAGAGGAUGGAAUAAUAUACUUGGGGGAGAUGAGCAUUGAAGAUACACACGCCUGCAUGAGAGAUAGUAGCGUACUUGUUAAUACAUCUGAGAGUGAAGGCAUGGCCGCUGUCAUUUUAGAGUCCAUGGACUUGGGUACACCAGUAAUGGCGAGGCGUAAUGGUGGAAACGAGGCUCUGAUCCAACAUAAUGUCACAGGAUUCUUGUUCUCUACUCCACAGGAAUUCAAAGAAAUAGCCAAUGCUUUCAUCAAGGAUACGGCGGUUAGAAGAGAGAUAACUCAAGCAGCCAAAGCGCAGAUACUCCGUGACCACUCGCCAAAAAUUGAAAGAGAUGCUUACCAUAAACUUAUUAAUGACUUAAAACACUGACAAUACAUUGACCAGCUAUGAAAUAGAUUGUAAAUAUAUAAAGAAUCACACUUGCAUGCGAGUUUUGCUUUUAACUCAAUGACUGCAAUUUACUUUUAUGCCCAGUAGUUUUAUUUUCGAGUAUUAUAUACUCUAUUUUGAACACAUACAUGCACUGCAGCAGGGUAUUAUAAAAAUGGUCCCAAGAUGAAGAAAAUGUGUUUUAUACUUUUAUAUAAAAAAAAUUAUACAUGUACUUGCUUAUUUACUUAUAAUUCAUCCAUAUCAAAAAUGCAAUUGUUGAAUGUGCCAAAUAAAUAAAAUGAAAUCA